AUGAAUAUUAUCGGGUGUAAAUGGGUAUUCCGUACCAAACGGACUGCUGAUGGGUCGGUUGAACGGUAUAAGGCACGACUUGUGGCUAAGGGCUACAAUCAGGUAGCCGGAGAAGAUUUUUUCGACACUUUCAGUCCAGUUGUCAAGCCGACAACUUUCCGUCUUCUUCUUUCUUUGGCUAUCACCAACAAGUGGACGCUUCGACAGUUAGAUGUGCAUAAUGCCUUUCUGAAUGGGCAUCUAGCUGAGACUGUCUAUAUGAAACAGCCUCCAGGAUACGAAGACCCGGCUCAUCUGGAUCAUGUCUGCCACUUACAGAGGUCUCUCUAUGGGCUUAAGCAAGCUCCACGAGCGUGGUUUAAGCGUCUUCAUGACUUUCUCCUUACUACUGGCUUUAGCGCUUCGAAGACUGAUGUAUCCCUCUUUUACUACAGUUUGGAUGGGUGUCAAGUGUUUCUACUUGUAUACGUGGAUGAUAUUAUUAUGCUAGGGAGCUGUGCUACACUUAUUAACACCCUAUUAUGCCGCCUUGCGACUGCUUUCAAAAUCCGGGAUCUCGGGAAACCCAGUUUCUUCUUGGGGAUCGAAACGGUUGACACUUCAGCGGGUGUCAUUUUGUCUCAACGUCAUUACAUGAAUGAUAUUCUGAACAGGGAUGGUAUGGUAGACUGCAAACCCCUAUCCACUCCUGCCUCGACAACUCAGCCGGUUACUCCGUCAAACGAGCCAUUUGAUAAUCCCACGCAGUAUCGUCGAAUUGUUGGGGCCUUACAGUAUCUUACGAUCACUAGGCCGGAUUUAUCAUAUGCCGUCAACCGGUUAUGUCAGUUUAUGCACACUCCGACUGUGGAUCACUGGGGCAUGGUCAAGCGUGUCUUACGGUAUGUCAAAGGCACGAUGGAUUAUGGAUUGAGACCGACUCCCUCACCGACUACUUCUAUUCACGCAUAUUCUGACUCCGACUGGGCCAGCUGUCCCAUAGAUUGGAAGAGCACCAGUGGGUAUGCAGUGUUUCUUGGUACAAAUCUUGUAUCGUGGCUUUCACGGAAAUAG